CACGCCCAUCCACGGUCAACCUUCAAAUCCUCCCGCUCCUCCUCUCCGUUUUAUUUUAUUUUACUACCAACCCGCUCACAGUUUGACCACGGGUUGUUCUCCACUUCUCCUCCUCCCUCUCUCUCUCUCGCAGCAGUACACACAAGCGAAGCAAAAGCGCGGUGCGGAGAAGUCUCCCCGCCGGGGAGGCCCGUUCACACCGGUGAUUGGGUUGGAGCAAUUAAAGCUUUCCUCCUAGUCAACCCCAGCUCCUCUGCGAGGAAAGAAUUGAUCUCUUUUAUAAUCCUGGGCUCUCACUGUUCGUUUGCUUCUUCGUUUCGCCUGCCAAACUUUCCGAGAAGCGGAGCAGCAGUUGAGGAGAAACGACGGGGAGAAGCGGCCGAGGAGGUCUGGAGAAAAGGCUCAGCGGGCGUUGUAAUAUUAGAGCUCAGAGGACACCAUUGACAAGCAGAGGAAUUAGGUUCUACAUCAACCUGAUAAAUUGUGCAUCGUGUGAUGUUCUGGGCGUUUCUUGCUUCAUGGCAAGCGUAAACACUGGAGGUUUACGCCUGGUGAGAUGCCCAAAGUGUUAUAACAUUCUACCAGAACCUCCCAGUGUUGAGGUCUACAAGUGUGGUGGUUGUGACACCAUACUUCGAGUUAAAAUCCGUCCCAGCAAUGGACAAAAUGUAGCGACGAAACAAGUCCGGCAAGACUCCGAUGAUUUUUCGGUUGCUACCACCGCGAGCAAUGGAGUGCAUCCUCAAAAGAAGGAUAUUGCUUUCAGUGGUGCUACCAUGGACAGAUCCCGUACCCCUGAUGCUCCGAGCACUGACACAGAGCAUGCCAGUAAUGGCACGAGCAGCAACGAUAAUGGCCAUGCUAUGUCAGUUGAGAAUAAUGCUUCUGAAGUUGCAGAUACUGACAACAAGGAAGAUUGCAAUUUGGAUGGCCAGAACACUAGUGGAAGGAUCGAAGGCCCUUCUGAAGAAAUACCACCCAAUGCAAAUGGCAUGGAUAUCGAUUCCGACAGAGAGGAAACCUACAAUGUGGAAGGAAUUGCUGAGAAUUCAGAGGAUUGCAGGGUAAGAGGAGGUGGAGAUAUUGAUACAGAAUGCAACCUGAGUUUACCUGAGCACGAAUUGCCCUUACAUCAGGAGAGCAAGUCAGACUCCGAGCUGAAGGAAGCAACCAAAACCGAAGACGAGGCAACCAAGAAAGGCCAUCUUGUGAGGGUGCAAUCCCGUUCUUGCGAUCUUCGAGAGUCGCAUCGCGCGUCGGCCGGUAGCUCAAUGGAUUUCCACUCUGCCAGGACUUCCCUCCAGUCCAAGAGCUUCAGGGCGAGCGAGCCGCUCCAAUCGAAGAUCAUGAAGACAGUGGACGAGCUGAGAGGUGACCUCUCUGAAUUUUUCAGCAAACCUGAAGAAGAAGGAGAAGACGACGACGAUCGCAAGCCAAAAACAGCAGCUUACCCUCCUCGUCCUUCAAAGCAAGACGGCUACAGCAAGCCUCGUGCGCCGUUCACUUCCAGUGUGCCACUCACGGCUUACCACCCUGCAGCUAAGCAUUCCGGCCAUGUAUCUCGCCUGAGCAGGUCAGGCCAAGUCCCUCCUCCUCCUCAUCAUCAUCGUGAGCUUUCCUCGCUGCGAUAUCGCCGGCGGCGCAGGGCCUACUCGUGCUGCCACAGCGACCAGAUGGAGACGAUGAGGCGACCGUGCUCCCACGACUGCUGCCAUUACCAUAGCUGCCGGCCACCACCAUGUCACCACCAUGACCGGCCAUGGAAGAGCCAAGAAGGCGCGAUGCAAAGGCCGCCGGUGCAGGAGACGACGAGGCGCCGGGCUCCGCCCAGGCACCACUGCCGGCCGGUGCUGCGCGGCGCGCCGUUCGUCGUCUGCUCCGGCUGCAACCGGCUGGUCCAGCUGCCCACCGACUUCGCCGUCCCGAGCAAAGGCACGCGCCGGCUGCAGUGCGGCUCCUGCUCGGAGAUCCUCUCCUACUCGUACAGGGACCCGGCCAAGAAGAAGCUCCAGUCUCCGUCCGGCGACGGCGAGGAGUGCCAGUACAGCACCGACGACUACGAGAUCCAUCAGGCGGCCGGCGACGCCGACCCGUUCUCGUACUCGGAGGAGUACGGCGUGAUCAGCUACUCCACCGAGGAGGAGCAGCAGCCGCUGCACGUGUCGAGGAACUCGUCGUUCGACACCGUCGACGACGAGCGGAGCGCCAAGCUGCACCGGCUGAUGGGGUACUCGUCGGCGAGCGAGCUGCUGCGGCUGCGGCGCUCCCCCGACCUGUACGAGAGCUUCGGAGAGCGGACGCCCGCUGCAAGAACGAGUGACACGAAGGGCAAGGCCAUCUGCGUAGCUGACGAAGAGGAGCAUCCCAGCGCGAAGGUGAGAAGAGGCCGUGGCUUGCCGCUCCCAGGGAUCCUGAAGAAGGGGAUCCAUGGACUGGAAUCCCUGAAGCUCAGGUAGUCACUCGUCAGGUCAUAGCGGAUGAUGUACACUACUCUAUUUUUUGAGGAUUAACUGAUUAUGGCCAGUUUAGGGAAUUCAGAAACGGGCUUGGUUAUUAGGGUGCUGGGAUAGUGGGUAAGAUGCUGAUAGGUGUGAUAGUUCAUUGUAUUUGAUCAUUAGUUUGUGUAAAGGUUGGUUUUCUGUGGCAAUUUUGUGUGCUUUUUGGUGGUGGUGUGUGAUUUGCAGUAUUGUUGAUUGUAUAGGCUAAAAAGGCUACGACCUGUGUGCAAAUUAGCUGUUGUAACUAUUUUGAGUUUUUUUUUAAUCUUGAUAGAGGAGUUUUUCUUCCUUCUGAAAUGGAAAAGGAUUGCCACUUUUGAUUAUGAAUGUUUGAAGCUGCUGUA